AUGGGCAGGACUCAAGAAGGGGACGGAAAAGGUAUUAAAACAAGAAAGGUGCGUCCCUCUCUGGACGGCCUUAAGUUUGCUGCAACGACAUUUGGUCUGGGCACACUGCUGUGCGGGGCUAUGGGCGUGGCGGGGUUUUAUGGCAUUAAGAGGUGCUAUGCAGUCGAAUCAUUUGAAGAGUUUGGAAUGGUUAUGAGGGAUGCAGUUCCAGUCAAACGACAGCAGAUGGAAACUGGUUUAAAACCAAUCUUGGACAAAGUGCGGCAAAACGCGGGUGACUCAUUACCAGCACCGAUGCGCAAACUGCAGGAACUAUUUUUGAGCAGUAAAUUUGGAAGUUGGGUGAGAGAACAGGUCGAAUUUUCGGUAGUCGAACAAACCGUAGAUGCUGAUAAGCAGAGCCGCCCGAUUAAAGAUCGGUAA